UAAAUCGAGCGGUCGCCCGCGGCUCACCGUCACCGGCUACCGACAACUCCAUGGCUUCCGCAACCCGAGCCGGCGUCCUCCCAUCGCCAUCUCUUCUGCGGUCCGCCUCCGCCGCUCUUUUACUGCCGCCUCCGAUGAUCGCCUCCUCCCGGCGAACCCUUUCUUCUCCAUCUCGGCGCCUGCUCCUCCACCCCGCCGUCAAACCCACUCGGCCGGACCUGCCCACGUUCCGAGUCCGAGCCGCGAGAACCGAGUCCGGCUCUGUCUCUCUCGGCUUCAGAGCUCCCCAUUUCGAGCUGCCGGAGCCCUUGACGGGGAAAGUGUGGACUUUGGAUGAUUUCGAGUCUUGCCCUGCGCUUCUGGUGAUGUUCAUUUGCAAUCACUGCCCAUUUGUUAAGCAUUUGAAGAAGGAUAUUACCAAACUUACAAGUUUCUAUAUAGAGAAGGGGCUGGGUGUUGUUGCCAUCUCUUCAAAUUCCACCAUCACCCAUCCACAGGAUGGACCAGAAUUUAUGGCAGAAGAAGCUAAAUUGUUCAAUUACCCUUUUCCCUAUCUGUUCGAUGAGUCACAGGAUGUUGCACGGGCUUUUGGAGCUGUAUGUACACCAGAGUUUUUCCUCUUCAAGAAGGAUGGAAGAAGGCCAUUUGAGCUGUUCUAUCGUGGGCAGUUUGAUGACUCACGACCUAGUAAUAAUGUGCCCAUAACAGGAAGGGACCUAAGUCGCGCAAUAGACUGUGUUCUCAGUGGCCAGCUCCUAACGUCUGCACAAAAACCGAGUGUUGGAUGUAGCAUAAAGUGGCACCCAAAAACGACUUGAGUAGUUCUCCGUCAUGGUUCCCUCAGUUCUUCAUGAAUUCCAGAAUACAUGCGCUUCCGGUGAGUCACUGUCAAAAUCAACUUGGUUUCGCAUUCCUCUCCAUUACCUGAUUAUAUGUACUUCCUAAAUUAUGCAUAGAAAUUCUAAAUCAUCUUGGGCAUUGGUUGUUAAUUUUUAUACACGGAGGCAAGCGAGGAUAAGAGGGGGGAACGAUAAAGUACCAUUGUGAUUGCCUGGAGGUUGACAAACUACAAUUGUUUAACCCUUUGUUUAUCCGUUCUAGUUCUCUUGCCAUUUUCUGUUCUUAAGCAGGAAUGAAUUGUCUGCACUCUUUCUGUUCUCAUGACCGUUAUGCCGAUGAUGUGGACGGUAAAUUUGUUCAGAUUUUCCUGCGAGCUGCUUGACCGAAUGGUUGGAUGCCGGGUGACACAAAUCUUUCUCCAUCAAGAAAGUUGGUACAGCCCUUUGCUAUGAGAGAAAGAAUGUAAUUAUUUUGUGACUGUGACAUCAUAUGCCUCUGUAAAAUCUUUUCCUUCCAUCUUUUAUACUUGAAGCUCGGUUUUUUUGGUACA